AUGAAAUUCGAUGGCUCUGAUUAACAAGGCGAGGAUUAUCUUGAUCCUACUGUAAUUACCACAAAAUAAUAAGAAGGAAAUAUUUGCUUCAAGUAACGAACUGGUCAUUGGGAUGAUAAUGAACAUUCUAUAUAUUUAGAAUUUUUAUAAAAUUCUAGAGGUCCUAAUAAUUCUUACAAGAAAGGAUAUCCAUUAUUUAAACAGAUGAGUGAGUUUAUUGGAACUAGAUCACCAAGCUAAUGCAGGUAUUAAUUUUAAAGAUUUAGAUCACAUCAUUAAAAGUUCAAUCCUUAUAGCUAAAUAAUUCAGAAAAGCAAAAGGAAAUACUUCAAGAAUAGAAUAAAAGUCUAAAACUAGCCAAUUUUAAGAAGUAAAUAAAUUAUGAGGAGGUAUUUUGCCUCAAUUAGAGAAACGACUGAUGAAGAGUGA